UGACUGAGAGGUGAAAUGGCGCAGAAAGGAGCUCAGCUGGAUCGAGAAGUCUUCACUUGUCCGAUCUGUCUGGAUCUACUGAAGGAUCCGGUGGCUACUACAUGUGGACACAGCUACUGUAUGAACUGUAUUAAAAGCUUCUGGGAUGAAGAGGAUGAGAAGGAAACCUACAGCUGCCCUCAGUGCAGACAGACGUUCACACCGAGGCCUGUCCUGCUGAAAAACACCAUAUUAGCAGUUUUAGUGGAUGAGCUGAAGAAGACCGGACUCCCAGCUGCUCCUGCUGAUCUCUGCUAUGCUGGACCAGAAGAUGUGGCCUGUGAUUUCUGCACUGGUAGAAAACUGAAAGCCCUCAAGUCCUGUCUCAACUGUCUGUUGUCAUAUUGUGAGAAACACCUUCAGCCUCAUUAUGACGCAGCUCUGUUAUCAAAACACAAGCUGGUGGAGCCCUCCAAGAAGCUCCAGGAGAACGUCUGCUCUCGUCACGAUGAGGUGAUGAAGAUGUUCUGCCGUACAGAUCAGAAGUCUAUCUGUUAUCUCUGCUCUGUGGAGGAACAUAAAGGCCACGACACGGUCUCAGCUGCAGCAGAACGGACGGAGAAGCAGAAAGAGCUGGAGGUGAGUCGACAAAACAUCCAGCAGAGAAUCCAGGACAGAGAGAAAGAUGUGAAGCUGCUUCAACAGGAGGUGCAGAACAUCAAUCGCUCCGCUGAUAAAACAGUGGAGGACGGCGAGAAGAUCUUCACCGAGCUGAUCCGUCUCUUGGAGAAAAGAAGCUCCGAGGUGAAGCAGCAGGUCAGAUCCCAGCAGGACACUGAAGUGAGUCGAGUCAAAGAGCUUGAGGAGAAGCUGCAGCAGGAGAUCAGAGAGCUGAAGAGGAAAGACGCUGAGCUGAAGAAUCUCUCACACACAGAGGACCACAACCAGUUUCUACACAGCUUCCCCUCACUGUCAGCACUCAGUGAGUCUACAUCCAGCAUCCAGAUCCGUCCUCUGCGCUACUUUGAGGACGUGACAGCGGCUGUGUCAGAAGUCAGAGACAAACUACAGGACGUCCUGACAGAGGAAUGGUCAAAGCUCUCACUGACACUGACUGAAGUGGAUGUUUUACUGUCAGAUUCACCAGCAGAGCCCAGGACCAGAGCUGGAUUCUUAAAAUAUUCAUGUGAGAUCACACUGGAUCCAAACACAGCAGAAACACAGCUGUUAUUAUCUGAGGGGAACAGAAAAGCAACAUACAUGAGUAAUAAUCAGUCCUAUCCAAGUCACCCAGACAGAUUCACUCAAUGGAAGCAGGUCCUGAGUAGAGAGAGUCUGACUGGACGUUGUUACUGGGAGGUGGAGUGGAGAGAGGGUGGAGUUUAUGUAGCAGCUUCAUACAAGAAUAUCAGCAGAGGGUCGGGGUCGGAUGACUCUGCAUUUGGAUACAAUGACAAAUCUUGGUCAUUACGAUGUUACAACAAAAGUUAUACAUUUUGGUCCAACAACAUCAACACUCCCGUCUCAGGUCCUCACUCCUCCAGAGUGGGAGUGUUCCUGGAUCACAGAGCAGGUAUUCUGUCCUUCUACAGCGUCUCUGACACCAUGACUCUCCUCCACAGAGUCCAGACCACGUUCACUCAGCCGCUCUAUGCUGGACUUCGGCUUUUGUACAGUUUUGGAGCCACUGCUGAGUUCUUUAAACUUAAGUAACCAAAGUAAUUUAAGUGAUAGCAGUCUUACAGCUCCCAUAUUGUUCACCUUUGUGGUGUUUUAUUUGAAGUUUUGACAUCUAUGAGAAGAUACAUUUUUAGUCUUACGUGCAAAAAAUCAUCUCAGAUCAGUUGUUCAUCUGCUCUCUCAGCCUCCCUCUGCAGCUCCAGCAACUCAGAUCUCUGUCUCAUUAAUAUUCAAGGUCCUUUCUUCUGAUUGGCUGACAGUCUUGAGUGACACAUGACCAGGCUAACCUCAGUUAACAGAUUGCAGCCUCACUAAAACUUACCGGUGAAUGUAAAAAGACGAUGGCCACCGCUGAGGAAAAUGUUCCCAGACUUUACAUGUUAGAGCUGGAGUCAGAGCCUGAAUCCCAGAUGAUGCUUCCCUCUGACUCAAACAUGAAAUAUAUUACUGGUUCACUUACAGGUUGUAGAUUUAGAGUCAGGCACAAUAAUGUGGAGACGGCCGUAUCCUAUAUGAGAAGCUUCUUUGAGUGACGGCUUUUAUUGUGCAUUGUGUUUAUUCUGAUAUUUGAAAUGAAAAUUUGUGCAAUGAUAUAUUGGCUUCCUGAGUUUCAGAGAUUGAGCAUUUUAAUAUUUUUCACAGUAUUUUUAUUGUAACUAUUGCUGCUUUAUAAUCACAAAAGAAUUGUGAACUGUGUUUUCUACAAUAUGGGACCUUUAAACUGAUUUCUUUCCAUGUUUGUUGCUGAGAGCUCAUCAUUGUGGCAUUUCUUCUCUGUAGAGAUCAGCUGUCAAUCAAACAUUAUGGGCGGGGCUUUGACAUCUGUAAUAAUGUUGUUCUGUAAAUGUUUUACUUUCCUUCCUGACCACUGAGGCUUUCACUGCUCAUGGUGACUGUUGUUCACCUCAACUCAUAUUUCUCUGAAUGAAAAUGUAAAUUUCUCUGAGCUUCAAAUGUUUGUUGAAUAUUUGUAUGUUGUUGUUUUUCUUUUCCUGCAUGGCUCUUAAGAGAGAAAGCUCCAGAUAUUAAAAUAAAAUGUGUUAAAAAAACAUUUUUUUUGUAUGUGCUUUUUUCUGUCUUGUAUGCUUGUUUUACUUGCUGUUCAGCACUUUGUA